AUGAAAGGCAAUUCUAAGGAUGAACCGAAUGGUGAUCAGAGCGUAUGCUUCUUGUGCUGUGCAUGCGGGGGACAUAGAAGAGAGACAAUGACUCGCGUGAACUACACUUUGUUUCUUCUACUCGUUACAGUGUUAUGUUUUGUGCUUUCUGCUCCACGAAUGCGAGAUAAACUGAAUGCUAUUCCGCAUUUCUGCAACGAAAUGGUGGACUCAAAAAGUUGUGACAAUCUAGUGGGUUACACGGCAGUUUAUCGCGUGUGUUUUGGAACAGCUUCGUUUUAUCUGUGUUUGUCCGUGAUGACGCUUAAUGUGAAAAGCGUGGAAGAGAUCCGUGCUCGGAUUCACAAUAGUUUUUGGUACAUCAAGUUUCUGCUGUUGAUUGCUUUAAUCACAUGCUCGCUGUUAAUACCACAGUCACUGUCGUUUAAUCGUGUAUGGAUGUACUUCGGCCUGGUCGGUGGAUUCCUUUUUAUCCUCAUUCAACUUGUGGUGCUAGUUGAUAUGUCUCACUCGUGGAGUGAGACCUGGGUCGAGAAGAUGGAGGAGGCCUCGACACCUUGUCGUUCAAGAUGCUGGUAUUUGUGCUUCCUUUCUUGUACCGGAAUGCUGUUUAUCUUAUCCAUGGUUGCUGUGAUUUUAUUUUACAAGUACUUUGUGCGGGAUGCCGAGUGUAAAACCAAUUUAUUCUUCGUCUCGUUCAGCUUGUGCCAGUGCGUAGCAGCGACAGUGAUCAGCGUUCUUCCCAAGGUUCAGGAGGCGCAGUCAGGCACUGGUUUGUUUCAAGCCUCCGUCGUGAUAGCUUACACCACGUAUCUCACGUGGUCUGCCUUAUCGCACGAGCCGGACGAUCUGUGCAAUCCUCCAGGUUACGUCAUAUCUGGAUAUGACCAGACGACAGGCUUGAGUUUGCAGGGAAUUUUCAGCAGCCUAUUUGUCUUUGUCAUGCUCGUUUAUGCCAGUCUUAGCACAGCCAUGAGUGCAUCAAACUUGAACAGAUGGCGUAUUCACUACAAAGAUCUUGAAACUAGGGCAAACAACCUUGCAACGAAAAACAGCGACGAUGUAGAGUCUGUAGUCAAGGAGGACGAUCACGUAGCUUAUAACUAUUCCUUGUUCCAUUUUGCAAUGUUCUUGGCGUCAUUGCACAUUAUGAUGACGUUGACAAAUUGGUACAGCCCGUCACCGGCUACAAACCUUAGGCAGCUUCAAAGAUCAUGGCCUGCGGUUUGGAUCAAAAUGGGUUCGAGUAGCGCAUGCCUUUGCCUCUAUAUAUGGGCAUUGCUCGCCCCUGUGCUUCGUCCAAUGUUUCAGAAUUACGUCGAUGGUGAAGAAAAAGAAAGUGAAGAAAAGUCAGAUGCGGUCAGCGCACUCCCAACGAAUCAGAAUGCUUUGAAACAUUCUCAAAUGGCAACAAAUAACGAAAUACGAGCUGAUCAAAAUGCUGCAAAAGCAAAAGAAACUCUGCAUAAAAGUUCUAAAUCGAACGAUUUGGACGAAAAUAGAACAGCCAGUAAUGAUGAUAGGGGAAAAGAACAAAAAAUGAAAGAUACGCCACCAACAGAUACAACAACGACUCCCUUGACUGAGGCUGACAAGGAAGUGUUGAGACUCCAAGGGAAAGUUUUAAAAUUGCAAGAAAAAAUAGCUAAAUUACAACAUAAAGUAGCUGAACUUCAAGGAUUAAAUGUAUAACAACCUUCAAUUGUCAUCAGUAAGCUGCUGAUCUGUUUUGAAACUGAAUAAUGGUACAAACACAAAAUCCAUCCCAUUAAUUGAUCCAAGUUCACUUGGUAAAUAAACGUUUCAACCUCU